AUGGAAGAAAGGGACGGACGGAAGAGGGACCACUCACAGUUCUGUGCAGCAGCAGCGAGGGUCAAUUUCAUUUCGGUCAAAGCUGGCACGUAUUUUUUUUUGGGUCUGGGGGCAUUUUGGGGAUCGUUGGUAACGAAGGUAAACUGGGCAAAAUCCCUGGUGGCCGUGCGCGCCUCUUCUCUCCUUUCUCUCCACCACUUCACAGACCCUCGGCUCGCACACGAUCUGACCUUCUUCGUUAUUCUGGAUGUCUGUAUGACCAGGCUGGUCCCAUUUUUGGUUCAAGUGCUCGAUGAAUGGAUGGAUGGCUGA